CCUGUUUCUUUUAGGUUUCCCAUCAAUUUAUACCAUUUAUUAGUCGACUUUAAAGUCUUUAAACAUAACUUCAAGAUAUUUAUUGUGUGCCAUUGGCUCGCAAUGUCAUCCGUUUGUAUAACCCAUUCAUAUACUGCUAUUACAACGCCUCGUACAGAGCUAUGGUUAGGGAGUCACUCGAAUGCAUUCUCCCGUGCCUUAAGUACUAUAAGGUUCAGUCGGCUCCGGGAGGUGAGGGCAGUCCGGACGACGCGGGCGAGGAUACCAUACGGGACUGCACUAAGUAUACCGUCUGUCACACCGAGCGGAUCGAAAUGUUAGACAAGAAUCGGAUUAAUAUUAAAUAGGAUUUUAUAUAUACAACAAUAUUCUUACUUAUAUUCGCAGGUAAUAAAAGGGGACCGGGAGGUAAAUGGUGGGGAGAUUUAUACUAUAUAUAUGGAGAUAUUAAGCAGUUUUUUAUUUGUAUACACUUGUCGUAAAUCCGAGUGAUUUGUCAACCGUAUGGGAGUUAUUGUCCCAAAAACCACCAUGUUACACAUGACAAAGUUAUUAAUCAGCACAAAAAAGUUUGUUUUAUUUUGUAUUCAGUUUUAUCCAG